GUACAUCCCAGGUAGCCCUAGAUUGAUGUACGGGUAGCGUCGUCGUUGCCCUGCAAUUCUUCCGCGUGUCGAAUGAUCCGUGCGCGGACAUCCUGGCGAUGCUCUUUCGACCUGUGGCAGAUUCGACUUCGAAACUUCUUUCCUCCUAUAUCAGCAACGCGGCUCAUCUCGUCGUCUCUGUGCACGACUCUGCAGUGAGAGGGCCUAGCUCCAUUACGCCACGCUCGGGAGGAGGGGUGGAUACCUUGAAAGGCAUCGUGCUGCAGUUUUCCCAACCGUCAUCCGCUUCACAUGUUCUCCUAAGCCCAAUUGAUCGCGCGCGUUAUCUGCAUGAACAAGCGGAACGAGGCUGGACGUGUUAGUCACUGUUGCUCCCACCCUCUUCCGGUUACAGCAGAAGAAUAACUCAGACAGCUGGGGAUAUCUCUUUCACAUCCGCGAUGGCCACGAGUACGAGCAUUGUCUCGAUUCAACACAGAGACAACAACUGCUCCACCACUGCCUAGUCCUCCUCC